AUGUGCUUGCCAUCUCGACUCAUUCAUGCGGGGCUAUCAACCACUCAGCCAUCUCUCCGAAAACCAUUCAAUUUGUGGGAAGAAAGGUCUUCUAGGGCGGAACUCCAGGUUGAGGAGUUACUCAGAAUGCUGCCAAGAUAUCAGUCAAGAACUCAAAAAUCUGAGGGGUUGACUUUGUGCUUUGUAGCUGGAAACCCUUGGGGGAGUGGACCAUCACGCAAGUUAAUCGUGAAGUCAACCAGGAAGCUGAUGAGUUGGCAAGAGCAGCAUGUUAAUAGCCCUUCAACCGUCUCGCCUAUGAGUUGA